AUGACCCCGCAAGGGUCUGCCAGGUCUGUGGGGCACUCAACACGCUGCUGGGGCAUCCCGGCAGGGCCCGAGGGCAGCAGGCAGGCAGCGGCUCUCACCCUGGGUCUCCCCAGCAGGAUCCUCUGGCCCAAGUCCAAGUCCUUUGACUAUCUCUACGGCGUGGGGGAGAAGCUGCUGGAGAACUUCCCAGUGCAGGCCACCCUCUGCUUCUACGAGGACUCGGGCAGUGAGGAGGAGGAAGAGGAGGAGGAGGAAGAGGAAGAGGAGGAGAAUGAACUUUUGCCCGGUGGAUACUUUCGGCACUUAGCCCCACCAGACACACUCAGGCAUACAGUGCAUCAG